GCAAAUUGUGCUUUUUUUAGCCAAUUCCACAAUUGUAUGAAUAUUUUCACAAUAAUUUUUAUCUACAUCGGUGUCACCAUACGGUAUACCAUAUAAAAUCAUUAUAACCGCAAAAAUUUAAUUACAUCAUGCAUAAUGUCUAUUUUUUAUCGUCAAUGUCACUAUUCUAUGAAUAUUUCUAUCAUAUUAUUCAUCUAAAUAAUAUAAAAAUCACCAUUAUAACAGCAAAAUUUGAAUGAUAUUUCACAAAAUGACUAUUUUUCGUCGUCAUUUCUACUAUUCCAUGAAUAUUUUUGCAAUAAUGUUCAUCUACGUGGUUCUCCACGCGAUAAAUAACAACAAAAACGAUUGUUAUCACUCCGCAAGUAAUAAUUAAUUCUCGAUAGAUGAGUGAGACAGCGAGGAGUAGAGCAGGUCGCGAUGAAAUAUUCAAUAAAAUUAAUCGCUUUAUCACACUGCAAAAGGAACACGUGGAACAGACGAACCCUCUUCUAAGAGAGGUCCUCAAUUCGAUAAUGGAGAUAAUGAAAAAUGAGGAUCCACUGUUCAAAGACGUGUUCCAAGAAAUCAUGUUUGCCGGUAGUUUUUACAAAGGAACAAGGGUGGGUAAACCUGAAGAAUUUGAUCUUGAUUUGAUUCUAAAGCUUCCGGUUGACUACAGUAAGAUCAAAUUUGAGGAAGAUCGUCCUGGCUAUGCGAGAAUAAAGCUCCCAUCAGACUCUUUCAAACCCGCCUGGGAGACACAUAAGAAGGUUCUUAACAAAUGGAUUUCGAACGGCGACAAUUGCCUCAAUAACGAUGAGCUACGUAGAUGGUUCGAGAGUGUUGUUACAAAGUCAUUCUCCAGAAUGGAGAAGAAUACGGAAGGCUGGUCGACACUCAGAAUCGGAGAUCGCUCUGUCAAAGUGAAGACUAAGAAGAGUGGUCCAGCAUUCACUCUUAUGGUUGUCUACGGCAGUGGGAAAUUCGACGUGGAUCUGGUGCCUGUCCUCGAGUUCAAGACCAGACCCAAACUCGUCGUUUUCCGUCGAGUCCCGACGGGUGAUAAAUCGUGGUAUCUGGUGCCCAAACCUUUGAAGACUGGGACUAACCCUGAACUCAGCUGGAGGUUCUGCUUUUAUGUUUAUGAGAAAGCAUUGCUGUCUACUAAUGGGAAAAUUAAGACUGUUAUAAGGCAGCUGAAGAAACUGAAAGAUUGCCAAAACUGGUCUUCAAUCCUCGCCAGUUACUACAUCGAGACAUUAGUCUACCACGAGUUGAUUGCGGGCUCGCUUGAUCUCAGCAGAUCUUCUAUGAGUACUCUACUUCUCCACAUGUUGAAGAAACUGAGCGAAGCGUGCGACAAGCACAGUAUCCCUUAUUACUGGGAUACUCGUAACAAUCUUAUUGCUGAGAAGACAUCAGAACAAUUACUCCCCAUCAAAAAGCGAAUGCAGAAAAUUAUCAAGGACAUUGAAGACAACCCAGAACAAGCAAUCGAUUACUUUCUAAAACCUGAAGAACGUCAGGCAUUAGCUGCCGCAGGACCAAGUCCCCCCACUACCCCCAACUCUGACGACUCGUGGACUGAUUUCGGGGACUCGUCACCAAUGCUUGAGGCUCAAUUACGAAUAGAAGAGAAGUUGCUUAUAAAUUUCCUAGAACCCGAAAUACCAGAAGGACCGAAGAAUAUUCAGUCGAUGGACCAAAUUGCCAUUCUCACUCGAACAGUGGCUACUUUAACAGACGAGAUAAAAACCCUGAGAUCGACGUUUUCGGGAGAAAUUAGAGAUCUCAAGAGCACGAUGAAAGAACAAACUGAGGCUAUGAACGAAAUCAUACAGCUCUUGGUGAGGAGAGAAAUGAGGGAGGUGAACUUAAUGAGCCAGAGUCUGUUGUGAAAAUGAUAAUUUUGAUUUAUUUUAUCGAGUAUCUCAUGCAAUCUCUUUCUAUUGAGCUUCUGCUGGUUUUCGGGUUGCUAUAACACACGCGUUCUCCAAGGAAACUUCCGGGGUGGUAUAAUAGUACAGACGACUGUCAAAUCCAAGGCUCUUCAGGUGCUGUAUCCUACCCCAAUUCAAUAUCGCCUUGACUUUUCUUCCUGUCGACUCUCUCUUCGCUAAUUUUACCUCCUGACUGUAAUUUUAGUUUUUAUUGUGCAUUUGUAUUUUUACACAUGAGAUUUUAAUAAAUAUUUUUCAACUCA